AUGGAAGCGUACAAGACUCGCCUCGAAUCAUCGACACAGCCGAAAGACGAUGGCAAUGAAGGAAUGCAACAUCUCGUUGGCCUCUCCCGAAACGAUGAAGCAGUCUUAUCAGUCGUAUUCAAUGAAGAGCAAGAAUACUCUGUACAAGACAUUGAAGAGUUUCGAGAGACUCCUGAUGUUCCACCAAUCGACGAAUCCCUCAGAACCGAACUCAUUACACUCGAAAAGCAGGCAGUCAAAGAAGCCGAGUCUGGAAAUCUACAGGCUGCACUUUUUACAUUGACGAAAUGCAUAUCAAUGUGUGGCUGGUAUAGCUCUGGAUAUAAUAAUCGAGCUCAGGUGUAUCGAUUGUUGAACGAUACUAUCCGUGCCAUGGAAGAUUUAGACCGCGCGAUAUACUACGCAGGAUCUGAUAACAAGGUGUUGGGAAAUGCGUUUACGCAACGGGCUAUAAUCAAGAGGAAUUUGGGUGAUCAGGCUGGAUCUGAAGCUGAUUUUGGUCUAGGUGCGAGAUAUGGAAAUGAGAUUGCAAAGACAGCUGUGAGAUCGAAUCCUGUUGCUAAGCUGUGA